CUGACCUGCCUCUGCAUUUGCAAGCCUCUUCUGGUGGAGCAACUGAAGCUUUAGAACUGCUCACCCUCUAUCAGUCCAGAAGGAAGUACAUUGGAUGCUUAUCAUCAGUUCCUCACUUUCCUUUCAACAGUGGUGAUGGGAGAUGACUGAAAUUUAUAAAAAUCAAACUUUUUUUGAAUAAGAAGGCAAAGAUGAAUCCAGCAACUACAGGCAAUUCAGUUAUCCUUGCUCAUCCAAUAGCUUUUAACAUGAUACAACAAAAUUCACAGCAAUUUGAACAAAUAUGUUAAGGAAAAGUGGUAUGCCUUUGUUAACAGUAAAUAGUGCUUAAUGGCUAUGAAUCUUGAAGUACAUGGAUUUCUAAAAAUAUUUUUGAAAAAUAAAAUUGAAAAUUCAAAGGCAAAUACUUUUAUCACGAAAUAGGGAAAUAUGUGGUUCUUUGCUCCUAUAGCGGUCAUUUAAGAAUAAGAGUAUAACGGCCCUUGUAGUAUAGUGGUAGAAUGUGCACCUAUGAUCCAGAAAGCCUGGGUUCAAGUCCCACCUGCCUUGAUUGUGCGUCAUUACACGUCUGAACGGGCUCAUCAAACUAUAAAAGGCAGACUUGAGGGUUGCAGAAUCCCAAAUAGUCACCAUUUAAAAAGUAUUCAGGAUACACUUGGACUAAAUGUUGGAAACUGGAAUGAGAAAAGUAAAGCGAUUUGAUUUUGAACUUCGCCGGUGCGAUAGGCCAAAGGGUCUUUUUCUCGUCCAUAGAUCGCUAUGAUGAGUAGGUCACGCUAGGGUCUCUGCCUCCAGACGGAGGAGGCUUGGGUUCAAAUUCUAUCUGCUUCAGCGGAGUGUGGCAAUACCUCUGACUAGGUUGGUUAGAGAAGGUUUAGGGGGAUGGACUGAGAAGCGAAUCUAUCCCCAGAUCCAAUUAGGUACCGGUCUUCAGCGGAUCCUCCAGGCGUGAGGAAGUGCGCAUGUGUGUCUGCUCCUGGUACAAUGGCGGGAAGUCUGUGGCACGCGAGUAGCGACAAUUUUAACGGCAAUUUAACGGCUCGGCCGGGACAUAAGGAGACUGAGCGAUCAAUGCCAAGAGAAGACCGACAAAUAGUAAACUGUGUGAAACGCUAACGCGAAGGAAUUUCCCGGACUUUUCCUUAGAUUUCAGAAUCUCCCUGAAUGUUUAAAAAAAGAAAGGAUUGUGAAAUGUCGGAGAGAUUGAUCCUCUGUGUCAUGGCGAUUGGGGUGGCCCGGGUAACGGGUGACUGCGGCAGACCUCCACGUUUGAAUAAUGGUUCACCAACAGAUGCAUUUCUCGCAAUGAGCUCAUUUCCUUCGGGUACCAAGGUUACUUACAAAUGUUAUUCAGGUUAUACAUUCACCUCAGGAAGUAGAAGAUUUUCUACUUGUAAACCAGAUUCAACCUGGACAACUUUAAGGAGCACUUGUGAAAAAAUAAGUUGUGGUAAUCCAGGAGAGAUUCAGGAUGGAUAUUAUGAAGCGUCUGAUGUAACAUUUGGAAGCAAAGCUACGUUUUACUGUGACCCUGGGUACCAGUUGGUUGGUAAGCCAUAUCGGCUUUGUACAGCUUUCGGUUGGGGUGGCCAGGUCCCAACAUGUGACCGUACCAGUUGGUUGGUAGGCCAUAUCGGCUUUGUAAAGCUUCCGGUUGGGAUGGCCAGGUCCCAACGUGUGACCUUGUCAACUGUGCUGAUCCUCCAUCUAUUCACAAUGGGAAAGUUUCAUCGCUACCCUUUGGAGAUAACUGGAAUUAUGGAAUGGUCGCAAAAUAUUCAUGUAAUGCUGAAUAUGCAUUGAUUGGUGUGAAAGAACUUACUUGUACAGCAAAUGGACAGUGGGACAAGAAUCCACCAGAGUGCAAAGGUGCUUAAGAACAUAGCCAUAUUUAAUUGUUCACUGCCAUUUUUAACCUGAAGGUAAUUAAUAUUUGUCUUUAGUAUAUUUUAGGUCAGGUUCCCCAACAGCUGCUGAAAUAAUCAUAGACAAAAAUCAAAUGAAACACAUGUUGCAAAUCUGGGAUUUGUGCUGUCAGGGAGCAUCUAUAAAAGAGAAAGCAAACUGGAAUUUUCUAUUCACUAGAGUGGCAUGGGCAGUGGUGAGUGUAGUGAUUGGGACCAGGUACAUCUUGUUGACUAUGAGGUCCUUGAUUGGUUGUUAAUCUGGGCCAAUCAGGAGGC